GUGCACUAACAUCACUCUACUAGGGACGCUGGUGGGGGGUUACUGCUCUGCUUUAUGUGAGUUGCACCGGGACUGAGAGCACGUAUUCAACCUUGCUAUGAUUUUAGUUGGAUAACCUUCAAUAAUUACCACUUUACUCGUUGAGUACGUCGUGACAUCUAUUGCUCAGAUAUAUCUUAUUUUAAGGAGAGUCACUUCGCAGCUGCUGGUCGGUCCCCUCGCGGAGUAACGGAGGUCGUUUAAAGCCCGUAAUGUUCAAUCCACACAUCCAUCAGCAGCAGCAGCAGCAGCAACAACAACAGCAACAACAGUUUCAACAGCACCUGCGGCAGCUACAGCAACUUUUCCAGCAGCAGCCUCCUCCACCUCAGCCGCCUCCUCGGCACCAUGUCGGCCAUCACCACCACCAGGGACAGCGAUCCAUUCCUGGUGCUCCCCAGGCAGCCCCUUCACCCAGGAUGGUCAACAUGUGCCAGGCCACCCAGACUACCAUCAUGGCCCCCAAUCCCAUGCUGCAGGGGGCCCUACUGAUGCAACAUAUGCAGGGUAACAUGCGGGGCUUUAGGAUGGGUGGACAGCAGUUCCGUCAGUUCUUCACUGCUGGAUCCAGGUCGUCUCUGCUCGGGCCAGUUCCCAUGGGCAUGUCCAUGAAGUCCCCCAUGAUGGGAUUCCCAGCCUCUCGACAGUACCACCCGCAUGCUCGCUACUACAACAACAACAACAACCACCACAACAACAACAACAACACCACCGCAGCAGCCUCUACCUCCUCCUCUUCCAUCACUUCCGCAGACACUGCAGCUCGCCAGACAGACAGAAAGAGGGACAGCGAGCAGAUGGCAGCAGGGAGCACAGACGACCAACCAGCUGCUAGCAGUACCAAUGAAGCCACUGACAAGACUAUAGCAGAUGGUGCUGUAGGAGGAGUGGAUGAACCCACACAGCCCGCCGAGGAGCAAUUUGAAGAACCUGUAGUCAAGAAGCAGAAGACAGAUGAGUCAGAGGAACCCGAAGAACAAUGUGUUGCUGAGAAUGUCACUGUUGCAGAUAUAGAUGGGGAAGUUCUGUCUUUAGGAUCUAGCAGCAACCCAGACAGCCAGCCUGAAGACUGCCUUCUUCUGGAAGAAGGAUGCUCCACGGGGGGAUCAGAUGUUGUUGAGUUGCUGGAGGAGAGCAUAGCUGCUGAGGUGCACAGCUGCUUGUUGGCCCCGUCCCCAUCUGGCAAGCUGAUUGAGGAUGACCAGCAGGUUGAUUUACACUCGGAGGAGAUGCCACAUGGCAAAGAUGCCCCUUUGGUUUCACCCGAGAACCAGGAAGAAGAAGAAGAAGAAGAAGAGGAGGAGGAGGAGGGUGUCGCGGAGGGCAACAACAAGUUCUACUGCUAUCUCUGCAGCAUUACCUGCCACAACCAGCAAAACUUCAGGAGUCAUAUGAACAGUGUUUCCCACCAGCAAAGGAUGAUGGAGAUCCAACACAUGAGCAAUGCUUGUCUGGUCACCCUGCUGCCACGAGUGCAGGAGUCUCUACAGGAAGCAAACAAAGAUGGAGAAAAGAGGCCCUGGUGUGCCACCUGUCACACCCACUUCACAAGUAGCAUCAUGGAUCACCGUCGCACCGAGGAGCACAAACUUGCCAGCAGAACAGCCAUCUCCUCCUGCACAGUCUGCAAGAAACACUUCAGGACCUCCCAGACUUUUGUGGCGCACUUGCAGUCCCAGGAGCACAGACAGAAAGUGGAGAAGCUCCAGGAACAGGAGGGCUGUGAGGCCUUAGGCAAGCUGACUGCCCUGGACACAGACGGCUUCUCAUUGGAAGAGUUGGAGUGCACUGAAAUGGAGGAGGAAAGACUGAAUGAACAGGAUGAAUUGUCCUGUCUUGAAGAAGUGACUUUGAAGGACAUGGCCAGUGAUGAGCAGUAUGACUCUAACACAGUCUACGGCUCCAGUUUUUUUGUUCCAGUAACAGGUUUUAUCUGCAGACUCUGCAACAAGUUCUAUAACUUUGAAUCGUCUGCCCUACACGUCCACUGCAAAACAAUGAAGCACUUCGAGAACCUCAAGAAGUACAGAGAGUUGCUGAGUCAAAAGAGGGAAACUGUUGAAUCUUCCAGAGAGUCUCUCCUAGCUGCAGACAGUCUCAGGCCUAUAACAGAAACCACCACAGACUGUUCGGUUGAAAACUCCCUCUCUGAUGACACUGGUUUAGUGACAAACCUAAACUCCAUGCAGCCUAUCGUUGCACUCAGCCGAGUGGACAUGCAGACAGAAAACCAGCAACAGGAGGAACAUGCAGAACCUGACCAAAACUCACAGGACUCCAUCAGCAUCUCAGCGACCAGCACAGGCAACACAGACCAAGAGCUCAGCCUCCACAUCAAGGAGGAAGAGAGCACACCCCAGAGCUCUGUAGUUCUGGAGAGUCCAGCUGAACUCCCUGCUGGUAGCGGAGAGGAGGCAGAGGCAGAGGCAGAGGCAGAGGCUGUGCCAGAGCCAGAGGCAGAGGCAGAGGCAAAGGCAGAGGCUGUGCCAGAGCCAGAGGCAGAGGCAGAGGCAAAGGCAAAGGCAGAGGCUGUGCCAGAGCCAGAGGCAGAGGCAGAGGCAGAGGCAGAGGCAGAGGCUGUGCCAGAGGCUGUGCCAGAGGCUGUGCCUGAGGCAGAGGCUGUGCCUGAGGCAGAGGCUGUGCCUGAGGCAGAGGCUGUGCCUGAGCCAGAGGCUGUGCCUGAGCCAGAGGCUGUGCCUGAGCUAGAGGCCGAGGCAAAGGCCGAACCCGAGGCUGCAGUUGUUGUUGAGGAUGCGCAUGUAGAGGAGGAGGAGGAGGAAGAGGAGAAGGAAGCUCCCGCUGUCCCAGCAAAAAAGAAGGCAAAAACCACAAAACGCAGGUCAGGGAGGGCCACAAACAGACGCUGAGUCAAAGAAAAGAUGUGGAAAGAGUGGAAACCCUUAGGACAGGAUGUCAAUAUUUUAAGAGGUGCUUUCAUGAAACCGAGACCAAGAAGUGAACAGCUCUGCCUCUCUCAAUGUCAGAAAGUCUAAAUGAAGCACACACCAACAAAUAGGAAGAAUGAUGGUACCUCAAGGGUGUAACAUGACUUAUUUGAUGCUCUCCCAGGGUGGGAAAUUAACACCUGACAUGCAUGUUAAAUCAGUGACAGGUGGGUAAGUAUCUUAAUAUUUGCUCCCAGUGAGAGAAUUGUUGCUCUUGAGUAGUAUAAUUUCCAGCCUCACCUAUUUAGAUUACAGCGAUUUAAAAUGAGAUCAUUAAAACGUAAGUACAUGUAACAAACCCUUUUUCUUCCAUAGUUACUAUUUUGUAAAAACUGCAUUAAUGUUUCCUAAAAUAUUCAAAUGUAAAUGAGAAGCUAUUUGUAGUGGAUACCCACUAAAAAAACAUCACCAGGUGAAACACAUGCUGUGUCCCAAUUCCACAAUUUAAAAUAUAAGCCGGUUCUGAGCAGAUAGCAUGUUGAAUUGAUGAGUGAAGUCUACUCUAAAAAGUAAUUCGCACCGAUCUGCCACAAUGCAUUCCACACAUUGUGAAUGAAAAUAAAACGUUGGUUAAAAAGGGUUUGUUGGCGCCCCAGGUAACAACAACUGGAUGGAUUGCCAUGUAAUUUGGUCCAGACACUCCCAGUCAGGAUGGAUUGUAGUAACUUUAGACGUCCCUUCACUUUCCAUCUAGCGCCAUCAUCGGCUCAACAUUUAAAUGUAUUAAUACUGUGUUUAGAUGAUGAACAUGGUAAACAUUCUACAAACUUUAACAGCAACAUGUUAGCAUGUUGACAUGAGGUUUUGGCUCAAAGCACCAGCAUGCUGAAGUUCAACCUCACAGAGUUCCUAGCAUGGCUGUAGACUUGUUUGGAUAAUAUUUGCAAAAGCAGUACACCACCACACUAAUACUGUAUUCAAGUAGAAUGGGAUUGGGACACACGGAUGUACAAUUAUAGAAGCUAAAUGGGCAGAUUUAAUAUAUACAGUAUUUAAGGUGUAUGACAUGAGUUUUCUAAGCAUGCAAGAAAAAAGGAAAUAUGAGAAAUCCAUAUAAUUUGUUAGGUGGUCCCUCAGCUGCAAUUAAAAAUCAGAUUGUUUCCCAACUUUCUAUUAAAAGUACUAAUUAACUAUUAAAAUGGCUGUGAUUUCUUCUGGCCCUUAAAUUAAGCUGGGUUUAAGAAAAUAAGGGGCUGGUAGAUCUUCUAUCUACUAGUCUAUGAAACUGGCUCACCAAAAAGUUAAUUUCCCACCCGGGUGUCCUCAAGGAUCAGAAGGUUGAUUGUCAGAUUUGUAAUUCUCUAGCCAGCUAGAUGAAACGAUAAUUAACUUAAUAUAACCUUUCAACAUUGCUUACAACUUAGCACCUGCAAUGUAGAAUGUAAUGGAUUGGAGCAGGUGGUUUAAGGAAAGUGUUGGGAUGGGACUUUGGCUUGAGUUUGGAUGCUGAACCUUGAAACUGAUCAUAGCUUUGUUCAAGGCAUCUCAUUAUCCGUUUUAUUUUUAGACAUUUUGGGUUCCAGUUGAUGUUGUGUUUUGAGCACAAUAGUUGUCAGCAGCUGCGGCCUUCUCACUGAAAGUGUCAGAAAUUGGAAAUGUUUUUUUGUAUAAUUAAAUCUUUAAAAUGUGUUUGGUUUCAACACGAUCUGUAGGAGCUGGAUAUAGUAUUGAACACCUAGCAACAAAAUGUCUAAAACCCCUUUUACAUCUGCGCACAAUCGUAUGGAAAAGAAACCCUUGUAUUCAUGAAAUGUUAAACGCGCUCUAAAAUAAUGUUCAGCUCAAAAAGCUGCAUUGUGUGCAUUUUGCUUAUUUUGACAUUUGAAAGCUCCUCAGUUAGCAGGUAUAUUGAAAAAUAAAGUUCCUUCCAUUUCAUUUGACUUACAAUGCUUUUAGUGGUAGUUGCUUGUUUAGUCCAAUUUACCAUUGCAUUGAUUAGUUUUGUUUUGUUUGCUAUAUGCACUGGAUAGAUGGAAUCACAGUUGACUUCAUGAAAGGAGUAGAAAUCAUGAAAAGUCUGUUGGAACACUUCAUCCUUGUAAACUUCAAACUCUUGAUUUUGAGCAGCAGUCUCUUACAGUAAAUUAUCCCAGUUGCCGAUUUAUACAAAUGCAUAACUAUAGUUUCAGCAUUAACAAGGCUUCAAGGCUAGUGUGCUGUUCUGGAUACGUUUCAUCCUCCGUAUUAGAGAAGGAUAUUUUAAACCACAAAAUUGGUUGGCUGAUGCAUGUAGAAACUUUUGUAGUCAUAGUGGCGACUGUCACAUGAUUGGUACUGCAUCAUCUUGUGUCUGAAGGAACGAGGCAUGAAGCUGUACUUUGAGAGCAGGAGAAAAGGACAUGUAAAGGAUAAUUUCAAACAAAGCUGUAUGUUUCUUAUUGUAUUUUUAUUCCGCUACUGACUAAAUUGAGAUGAACAAACAGGUGUUGUUUUCUAACUGCUGGAAGUUGUAUGUAUUUUGGGAUUUUUUGUUUUCAGUUUGUUUGGGGCGGGGGUCAUUUUAAUUUAUAUUAAAAUGUCUUGACAAUUCCCACA